AUGCCUCGCAAUCGCAAAGGAAAUGGAAUCUUUGACUCUUAUGGUUUACCAAAACCUAUCAUUGAAGUCGUGCAGACUACUGCCAAAACGACUGCUAGCACAAGUACCAGCACCAGCACCAGGCACUUGAUCGAGUAUUCGGCGACACCGAAUCAACCUUCAAGUCACAAUGGACAUACAUGGAGGCAGAGCACGUUGAUGCCAAAGAUAGCAGAUGGCUUGGCAUAUAAUAUUCCUGAGAGACCUCCAUCAUUGCAACAUAUUUCGGCUUUGAAAAGGACGUGCAAAUCUAUGGCAGAGUACUUCAAGCAAAACUCGGUCAACUCUUUUUCUCCAGCACCGCCUGUUAAUAGUGAUGAGGUAGUCAUUGCGAAUGUGAAUGGUAGAAUGCUGUUCGCAGAACCAAUAGCAACCUACAAAAGUGAUGGUACAGGCAAAACCUUUGGAUUCAUUCGUCUCAAGGGCGAGAGGGUUAAGUUCAAAGCAGCAAGUGGUUGGGGAAGAAGAGACUGUGACGAUUCAUUAAGGGACAACGAAUUUUGCUCAGCUCAAGUAUUGCAAUUUUGCAAUUAUUUAGGCUUCAAACUUCGAAGAAAUUGCUGGGACAAAACUGAAAUCGGAAGAUAUGCGGCCUGCCAUGUUGAGAAAAAGCUCAUACUGAUGCUCGUACUGGAUUUGAUCUACGACCCGGAGACCGGCGAUAUUGCAAUGUUUAGAUUAGAAGAACUUUGGAAACUAAGACCGCCGCUCCGGGCACAAAUCUACAUCGAUAAAGACCCCUGUGAGGGUUGUAUAAAUUUUGCCACUAUAUUGAGGGAUUCGACGGGCAUCGAAUUCGAAAUAAUUGCUGCAAAAACUUUCGUGGAAGCAGAGUGGGUGAAGGUGAAUGGGAAAAAGCGGCUCCGGGGGAAGCAUACUGCACAAAAUGGACAAUCUCGAAUAACGAAGUACUCAAUGCCCAAGGCAAAUAAGUCAGGGAAGACGGUAGACAACAGCAUGCCUGAGGUUUCCCCAUCUUGGAAAAGCAAAUCUGAAGGGAAGCGGAAGAGGUUGUUGGACGAUUACGAUGACGACUUUGAUGAUGGAUCAUCCAUCUUCCAUGCCAAUGAUUUGCAACCAAAGGCCAAAAGAUCAUACGUUCACCCUCGAACUGUCGAUCAAGUCAACGAAUCGAAGUCUAACUCAUCUACCCUUCAUUUGAGGAGGCAAACCCCAACACACAACGUGCAGAAAGAUCUUUCUAGCAACACGCACUUGCCUUCAACUAAACAACGAAGCACAAAAGUGGAUAUGAAGUCCACGAAUUCUAGCCUGCCUUUGAAUUCGACAAAAUACGCCAAAGUGCCUCCACCACGAGGUACAGCAGUGGACCAUUACUCUACUUCAGUAAGGAGUGGCAGGCUGCACGGCCAUGCUGUACCUUCUGAGCGAUCACGAGCAAUAGCAGAGUUUCAGCAGGCAAAAAGGAGUUUACUUUCCAAGCCUGUAGAUCGCAACUUGCCAAGCCGUCGCAACGUGCCAUCCAUAUCUUCACCCGUCCAAACAGAGUUUUACACAGCAUCUGAUGAUUUAGAUUCCAUGAGCUUGAGAAGUUCGAGAACAGCUUCACCUGACAGACCUGCGGAUGUUUUACCUACCCCAGAAAUAACGCCUCCGACAAGACAUGCGAGAGCUUUAUCCUCAAACAGAUUAAAGGCGACGGAGCCUGUCACCCCUUCAAGAUCUGCCCAGAGCUCACGUGAACGAAACCUGAGCAAAGCUGCAACUCAUAGCUCAUCAUCAUCAAAGCAAGCCAGUUCCAGGAGCAUUGAUUUGACUACUCCCGAGCCAUCGCCAUUGAAAAAGAUCACACAGUAUAAAUACACACCACCUUUCAAAUCCAGUAGAGAUCACCCAGAGAAGAAGGCUGCUCCUAUCCCAUUCAAGCUUUCCUAUAACCUCGAUUAA